AUGAACUUUAAAAAAUUGCUACGUUUAUGCUUUAUUCUACUUUUCGCUGAUGUUGUUAUUGGUGUACCAUUAAUUCCACUAAAGCCAAGUGAAGAUGACUUUUACACCCCUCCGGAAGGAUAUGAGAAUCAUGAUAACGGAGAAAUCCUCAAGAUGAGACCAACACCCCAAAAAUUGAGAAGUCUUUUCUUGCCGAUUAAUAUUAAGAAUUCAUGGCAAGUUCUAGUAAAGUCAAGCGAUUCUUUUGGCAAUGCGAGUGCAAUUGUCACAACUAUUAUGGAACCAUAUAAUGCUGAUCCAAGCAAAGUUGUUUCGUACCAAGCUUUUGAGGAUUCAGCAGCAUUGGAUUGUGCCCCGUCGUAUGCAUACUUAUAUCGUGCAAGUGCAGCUACUGCGAGUACUCAAAUCGAAAUGUACUUUAUUCAAAUUGCUUUAGACAGAGGUUGGUAUGUAGUUUCUCCAGACUAUGAAGGUCCUAAAGCCACAUUUACGGCAGGGAAGCAAUCUGGACACGCAACAUUAGAUAGUAUUCGAGCUGCGCUUCUGUCAUCAGGUACCACAGGAAUCAAUAAGGAUGCUAAGAUUGUCAUGUGGGGGUAUUCUGGCGGGACUGUUCCCUCAGCUUGGGCUUCCGUGUUACAGCCCACAUAUGCGAAAGACCUAAAAUCCAACUUGAUUGGUGCCGCAACGGGGGGACUUGUUACUAAUGUCACUGGUACGGCAGAAGGAGUUGAAGGAACUUUUUUCGCUGGAUUAACAAUUAGUGCUAUAACAGGAUUGGCAAGUGAAUACCCUGAACUUAAAGCAUUAAUUUCUGAACAACUUGUUUCAGCCAAAACGCUUCUGUAUGAAAAAGGUGAUAAGUUGUGCUUGGGACCCGCACUCUUCAAUUAUGCAUUUCGAAGGAUAUUUUCCGGUCCUUCUAGAUAUGUAAAAGAUGGGUGGGUUGUGUUGAGUCAUCCAGUUGUUAAGAAGGUGAUUAAUGAUAAUACCUUAGCCUUGGAAAAAGGUGACCCAAUGCCUGAAAUCCCUAUUUUUGUAUUUCAUGGAGCAAAGGAUACACUUGUUCCAUUUAAGGAUGCACAACGAGUUUAUGAUAACUGGUGCGAAGAAGGAAUUAAAUCUUUUGAAUUUGCUGUCGAUAAAUCAACUGGUCAUAUUACUGAGCUAUUGGCAGGAACACCAGCAGCAAUUGCAUGGAUAACUAAGAUGUUUAAUGGCGAAAAGCCAGUAAAAGGGUGUAGCAGAACUGAAAGACAAUCCAAUUUAGAAUAUCCAGGGUCUGAUCGUUCGAUUUUCGAAUUCUUAUCUGCCGCAGCUACAAGCAUUCUCGGCUUUGAAAUCGGACCUAAUGCUGAAAAUCUUGAACCUAAUGGUGAGAACAUCAAAAUCUCGACUAAAGCAAAAAAGGAUACAGGCGUUACCCUUGGUGAGGGUAUAGAACACAGCGUGCACAGGUAA